AUCACUACCAGCAGGUAAAUUAGAGCCUCUACCCAUACCUCUCACACCCUGGUCCCAUCUGUCCAUAGACUUCCUCACAGACUUACCUCCAUCACAGACAUUCACCACCAUUCUUGUAGUUAUAGACAGGUUUUCUAAAGCCUGUAAAUUGGUGCCUUUCACCACUAUACCCACUGCAUUCCAGACUGCAGAGGCUUUGUUCACUCACGUUUUCAGAAAUUUUGGGAUACCUGAGGACAUUGUAUCUGAUCGGGGACCUCAGUUCACUUCUUCAGUUUGGAAGGCAUUUAUGGAUAAGUUGGGGAUAACUGUCAGUCACACGUCAGGCCAUCACCCUGAAGCUAAUGGACAAGUGGAAAGGCUCAAUCAGGAAAUAGGUCGCCUGCUGCGUCAUUACUGUCAUGACCAACAGGGGGAGUGGUCACGCUUUCUGCCGUGGGCUGAAUACUCUCAGAACUCUCUACGUAGCUCAUCUACAGGUUUAACUCCUUUCCAGUGUGUUCUAGGUUACCAACCACUAGGUUCUAGGUUCCCUUGGAAUGCAGAGAGGACAGACGCUCCUGCUGUUGAUGACUGGUUCACACACAGUGAAAGGGCUUGGGAACAGACACACGCACGUCUGGGUUUGGCUGUCAGACGACAAAAAGCACAGGCGGAUCGACGUAGAGGUGAAACCCCUUUAUUUAACCCGGGUGACAGAGUUUGGCUUUCCACAAGAGACCUCAAGUUGCGCCUGCCCUGUCGUAAACUCAGUCCACGGCCGGUUAUUCCUGGUCCACUGGAUGAUGCCUCCAUUCUCUCAUCACCACCUCCUGCUCUGGACAUCGAUGGCAGUCCUGCCUACAAAGUCACCACCAUUGUGGAUUCACGUCGGAGACGGGGGCACAUCCAAUAUCUAGUGGACUGGGAGGGGUACGGUCCCGAGGAGAGGAGCUGGGUGUCUACAUCGGACAUACUGGAUCCAUCUCUCAUUACGGAUUUCCACUCCCGCAGGCCGGAACGUCCUGCACCCAGACCUCGGGGCCGACCCCCCGGCCGGACUCUUGGCGCUCCUGGAGUAGCGCGUAGGGGAGGGGGUUAUGUCACACCUGCCCGCACUGCACCUUUUUUUUUUUUUUAA